UCCAUUCACUGCCUUGCCCCGCCUUGUCAUGUCCUAAGGGCGGCCUCGACUGACGACUUGCUGGCUGUCCCUAUUACAUGUACACAGCCUCUUAACAUACACUCUCUUUCUCCCAGAAACCUAAUCAAUACACAUUGUUGUCGCAACCAUCUCUUGAUCUCUGGUACUACCAAGCGCCCCCUCCCCGCCAAACUGCGCCCCCGCCUACUCUGCCUUACCACUCUCACUCCACUCUCCCUUGCAACUGCUCCCUACUCUCCCAACUGCCUGGUCGUUCUCCACGGCACACAACUAUCCCUAUGACAUCCAUCUUCCGUGUCGUCCUCCGGGACGUGAUGCGGUACGACACGUACGAGACCCGCCAAUUCGACCUGCGUUUGAACUCAACCUUCUCUAUUGGCCGUGCCUCGAGCAGUGUUACCAAGAAAGAGUUGAUGGCCGCACCACACAAUGCAUAUAUCGAUAGCCCAGUCAUCUCUCGCCAACAUGCCGUCCUCUCCGCCAACUCCACCACCGGCGUACCUGAAGUCUACAUCAGCGACCAAGGCUCCAUGCACGGCACUAUGCUCAACGGCGAAAAACUAACACCAAACACACUUACCAAGCUCUCGUACGGCGACGAACUCCAGUUUGGCACCGACGUUAAUCGUAACGAGGAAUUCUUUCCAGCCCGCAGAUACGUCUUCGAGUCCCAGCUCAUUCGCCCUUUCUCCCUUGGUUUUACUGUCCCCGAUGCCGAGAGCGAGGACGAGGAGGUAGAAGUGGAACAAGUCCCCCGUCGUGGCAGCCACGCCGAUCCAUUUGUCAUCGAAGACGACUCCGAAGAGGCUGCAGAUCAGGCAGACGCUACCAUAGUCAUGGAAGACAUGCUGCUCCAGGGGCAGCCAGCCAAGACAAGCCGUUUUGGUCCGGAUAUAUACACCAAGUCCAUAUUGCGUACGACGAUUGUCGAGGAUGUCUAUAACGAGGACAGGGAAGGCGAAGACGUACAUGAAGCUGGUUACGCAUCAAAUGACGACAAGUCAGUCUUACCUCGCACUCCCAGCCCUGCUAGUGUAGAAGACGACGGGGAACCUAUUGAGAGUGACCUCGACAGCAAGUCUGAAAGCAUUGACAGCUCUGAAAUUGAUUCCGAAUCUGAAGGCGAGAUGAAUGAGGCCGAAUACUCUGAGCCUGUCGGAGCCUCAACCACCCAUGGAAUCCAGUACUCGAACAGGGACACGUUAGCCGCCUCGGAGCAGUCUGCCAACACACAUCCAACUGAUUCUCCCGUUCGACACAUUUACACUUUUGGAGGUGCAGAGGACGUCCCACUGCGACUUCCUUGUGUUGACAUGUUCGGGCUGCAACGCUCUGAUAAUCAUGAAAACACAUGCGGCGAGUCCUCCAAGGCUAGCAUGGCAAAGGUUGCCAAAAUCGAUCCUACGUCUUCAUGUUGCGAGGUGGCCCCACCUCUGCCACCUCGUUCCGCAUCUAAACCUGCACCCUGGGGCUCCUGGUCGUAUCCCCCUUUUUGUCAGAACGAAAUUCAAGACUGGUACCAGCCAGCCAAUUAUGUGGGCAUGACCUAUGAACACCCGUCUCUAAUGUACAACCCUGCACAACCUCUUGCACAAGAACCCGUCGAUCCUCGACCGUCCACGUCUUUCUAUCCUCAACCCAGCGAGCCAUCCCAAGCUCACCGACUCCAAACACCUCCACCAGCCCCUGUUUCAGAAGCUGAGGUCUUUACGCCAUUGCAGCCAGGUCGCCGCACAAAGGUUUCUAUCGAAGAGAUUGUCGAAGAGGUUGUCGAAGAACAUCCGCCCACGCCAGAAUCAGUCAACUACAUGAAGCGCAAGGCCAAUGUACUCGAAGAGGAGCCAACAGUACUCCAAGAGGAUGCUCCGAAGACGGUCUCAGUUGCUCCUGAUGGGAGUGCAAGCAACCCAACGGAUUCGGAUCCAGUUGUUGAGGUCAUGGCCGCUCAGACAGCAGCUCAAAUUGCUCAGCGUCCAAAGAAAAUGCCUCGCUCUGUGCUUGGUAAGGUUCUUAACAAGGCUGCCUACCCUCUUCUUGGCGCCACUGGUGCAGUCGUGUCUUUCGCCCUUCUGUCCACCCUUCCGGAUACCUUUUUCUUGUAAAGGGUGUCUAUUGACCACCUUCUCGCCUUUCUUCAUGGCGUUCGUGGCAACACUGCGCCACACGGCAAAGGUGUACAGAUAUAAUAUCAACAUGGGGUAAAUCUACGGAUAACAGCAGUUAGUGCUAAAGGCGUUUUGGGCAACGCUGGGAGAUGUGGCUCUGAUCAAGAGCGGGGUUUGGUUUCUGUUUGGUAAGCGUUUUGGAUGAUAUUAUGCCCGUUUUGCAUGGCAUUUAUUCUCAAUAUCAAUAAUGAAAUAAAUACUGAAGAUGAUUUUGUGUUUCAUCAGGGUGGUUGAAGUAGCUAGGUUGACUUGGAGAAUCGACUGCCGAGGCUUCUGUCAUUGCUCCUGUGGAGACGUUGAGAAAAGCUACUUUUCCUAAGACAACAUAGUGCGG